AGCCUUUCCCAUACCUGCUCCAACCUCCAUGGAUGCAUGACGUUCGUCAAGAUAUAGGCCGAAGCCCAGAGCUUUGAAUCAACAGCUUGCGCUCUGAAUCAGCAUUGUAAUUUGAUCAUAAUCCUCAUGGCAUCGAACACUAGCCUCCAGUUGAAGGACUUCGAGAUCGUAUUCUUCGAUGUAUACGGGACAUUAUGUGAUUGGGAAACCGAAAUAUACAAAUGCUUGAAACCACUCCUCUCCAGAUUCCCCGCAUCUUCAAAAUGGUCCCGCAAGGAAGCACUAGAGGCCUUUACAGCCAUCGAAAUCGAUCUUCAGGCGAAGCAUCCUGGACUGCUCUACAGAGAUCUCCUUGCGAAAGCACACGAAGUGAUGGGGGAAAGAUUGAAAGCCGCAUCCGGCCAGGAAGUUCGUACGACUACUCUCGAAGGCGAUCCUAGCACCAUCGGCGCCUCUUCCUCAGGAGCAACAACGUCCACAGCCGCUUCUGAGAGCAAACCGUUUGAGAACCCGCACAUAGCCUUCGGAAACUCUAUCAAAGAUUGGUCGCCAUUCCCAGACACGGUAGAAGCAUUACGCACUCUAUCAAAGUACUACAAACUUUGCGUACUUUCCAAUGUCGACCGCACCUCUUUCGCCCACACCUUGGCCAAACUCUCCGGAGACGAGUCACAUCCGGAACUUUACCAACCACCUACAGAAUCCGACAAGUUAUGGUUCCCACAAGAAGUUCCCAAUUCCAAAUCCCCGUUCACCUUGAUCCUAACAGCACAAGACGUCGGAAGUUACAAACCAGCUUUACACGGAUUCGAGGUUGCGCUUGAUAUUGUCCAAAAGGAUCCACACUUUGGGAAGAGUAACAGGGAUGUGAAACAGAGGGUCCUUUGGGUAGCCCAGAGCUUGCACCACGACGUCAAUCCCGCGACCAAGAUUGGUAUCAAGUGUGUUUGGAUCGAUAGGGCAGGGGCAGCAAUGGGCUUAAACGGAGGGCAUAAUUAUACAUGAAAGUCGGAAACUUUGGGGCAGUUGGCUGAACAGGUGUCUAAGGAAUGAUACCAUUACCACUCGAAAUCAAAUGUAGUUUUAUCGCACU